UUGGCUGUGGAUAAUCGCUUGAUACGCGUUGAAGCUCUCAUUUCUGAUCGCCCUGGUGCUGUUGCCGAACUAGCAAAGAUUGUGGCUGACACCGGUUCUAAGAUUAAAGCAAUGGCGAUGGUUCGAGUUCCAUUUCGCUUGAAUAGGCUAGCUUUUACCCCUACUUUGUAUAGGAAAGAGCGUUUCAUCACAGUGAAGCCUUCAACACGCAGUGCAGGGUCAUAG